CUCUUUCUCAAGGGUGUUUGAAUGAAAACACUGGAGGUAUUUUGUAGGUUUUUGACGGCAUGACAACGACUCGUUACUGUCUAUAUUCAAAUCUUACAACGCGGUACCUGUCUCUGCUAUAUAGUGUAUUCCAUUGUUUCAAAACUCAUUUCAAAACACACACAAAAACUAAUUUCAAAACACAAGCCCUCUCAUUUUGACCCACGUCUGGGUUGAUAUGAUGAUGCCGAUGAUAAAGAAUGCCCCGGUGUUUGAAAGGCAGCAGUAGCCGGGGGGGGGCUGGAAGAGCCGUUCCACUGUCCCGUCGCCCCCCCCCUGGAGCGGCCCCAGUGCCGGUGCGGGCGGUGCCGUUCCUGGAGUUCCAGCACAGCCGCUGUUUGCGCAGCAGGUGGAUUUGAGAGAGGCAGCCCGGACAGGAGCGGCUGCUUAUCCGCAUUGGCUGGGGGGGAGGUUUCCAAUUCCCAGCUUACCUGGGGGGGUUUAUAAUAUAUAUAUAUAAAAAGAAACAGUAUCCUUGAACCUGAGAUCGCGUUUGAGAAGCAAUGCUCGCCCCCGGAGAGUCGGCGGCCGGAGUCAGCGCCCCUGCAGACCUGGAGACAUGCUUGAAGGAGUGCAUGGAGGCUCUGGAUCUCUUUCUCAAUAACAAGUUUGAGGAGAGUCUGGAUAAACUGCGACCCCAGAUCAGUGACAGCAUGUACCACGCGCUCAUCUACGCGACCAUCCUGGGAAUGCGGGCCAUGAUGACCUUCGAGCACGAUGACAUCAUUAACGCCGGCCGCACCAUGAAGGAGGCGCAGGCGGUGUGCCAGAGGUUUCGGAAGAAGUUGACGGUGGUUGGCAAGAUGUCCAAACCCACUGGAGAGGGUUUUACAGAAGACGAGCUCCAUGCUGAGACUUGCUAUGCAGAGUGUUUGCUUCAGAGAGCUGCCCUCACUUUCCUGCAGGAUGAAAGCAUGGUGAGUUUUCUCAAAGGAGGGAUGAAAGUGCGCAGCAGCUACAUGAUUUACAAAGAGCUCCAUCCGCUCACCCAGACUCGCGACUUCAGCAAAGGACCGAACCACAGCCACCUGGAAGGGGGGGUGUCGCUGGGGAUCGGCGCCUUCAACCUGACGCUGUCUCUUUUCCCUCCUCGGAUUUUGAAGCUGCUGGAGUUUGCAGGGUUUUCUGGGGACAAGGAGUACGGCCUGGCUCAGCUUCACGAAGGAGCCUCCUCUCUGAACCUGCGCUCUCUGCUGUGUACCAUGCUGCUGCUGUGUUACUACACCUUCCUCACCUUCAUCCUGGGGACCGGUGACGAUGACAUCUCUGAUGCAGAGCGCUUAAUCAAGCCAUACCUGAGCCGCAGACCCCAAUAUGCAAGUCAAUUAUUAGGGGCGAUAUUCCUGUUUUUCGCUGGCAGGAUAGAAGAAAUCAAGGGGAAUAUAAACAAGGCGAUCUCUCUCUUCGAGGAUGGCUGUGCUGCCCAGCAGGCAUGGAAGCAGUUCCAUCACAUGUGUUACUGGGAGCUCAUGUGGUGCUUCAGCUACAAGCAGGUCUGGAGGAUGGCUUACUUCUACGCAGACCUGCUGAGCAAGGAGAGCCGCUGGUCCAAGGCCAUGUACGUGUUUAUGAAAGCCGCCUGCCUCAGCAUGUUAGCCCCGGGAGAGGAGCGCCCCUUUGGGGACGAUGAGGUUGAGCUCUUCAGGCAGGUGCCCUCCUACAAGCAGAAGAUCGCUGGGAAGUGCCCCCCCACGGAGAAGUUUGCAAUCCGCAAGGCUCAGCGCUACAACACUGACAACCCCAGCAAGCUGCCUGUGCCUGUGUUGGAAAUGAUGUACAUGUGGAACGGCUUUGCAAUGAUUGAGAAAGACGAGGCGCUGACCCGAGGGGUGAUGGAGACGCUGCUGGAGGCCGAACGCAAGCUGCACGAAGGCCCAGUGAAUGAGUAUUUGAUUGACGAUUGCUGUGUCAUCACCCUGCUGAAGGGUCUGUGCUUCAGGAAUCAGGGGCAGAUCGACAGGGCAGAGGCCUGCUUCACACACAUCUGCACCAGCAGAUUCAGUCAUGAUGACUAUCUGGUGCCCAAUGCUCUGCUGGAGUUGAGUUUGAUGUACAUUUCACUGGGACGCAAGGAAGAGGCGAUCAAACUGCUGCAGCGUGCCAAGCACAACUACAAGGAGUACUCGAUGGAGUCUCGCACACAGUUCAGGAUUCACGCUGCGCUCAGCAGAUUGAAAGCCGUGCCGAAGGAGGAUGACUUAUAAUGACAGCCUAUAGA